GAUGGACCGACCUUGGCAGGUGGCAUGGCGAGGCACGAUUCUCCAUUUCCAUCUUUCAACCAUGGAACCUCUGAAUACGGCCGGAUCCGGCUUCGGAUCCGCUGUCAGUGUCAAGUGUCAACAGACGUGGUUUCCUGGAACCAUCCACGAUUAAAAGGCCUCUGGUUCCCGUCGGCCCCACGACCCACUGGUCUGCCAAGUAUACCAAGAUUACCCCAGACUCAGUGACAACUGAGUAUGUCAGACCGUCAAUACACCAACAUCACACCAACACAUACAUUUACCGGUCGGAAGAGUGAGAUGGACCCCCAAUCUACUCCGUUGGCCCCGGUCUGCUCCGUAAGAUGGGGGAGGCGAAGCGCCUCGGCUGGGGUCCGUUUCAGCCUGCAAACUACAAUAUCCAGGCCACUUUGCUCGAGCGGGAUUUUACUCCUUUCGGAUAACCGUAGCCAGCGCGAAAGAGCGAGCGACCGAGGGAAGGAUUACUCUUUGUAUGCACUCGAGCUAGUUGACGAUCAAUGGCCAGAGGCGAAUGCACGGUUAAUCGGCGCGGGUGAAGGCCUUGGCCUAGCCGGGAAGAGCCUCGGCAGUGGGGGCAGUGGAUUUAUCCUUUGUCUGCCACCAUCGAGUCGCAGUGUGUUGGGUUCGUUGUACGGAGUAGUGUUUGUUGUACUGCUAAGUAUAACUAUGUGUUUCUGACUACAGGACAGCGUGUUUCAGCACUGAACGAACACCGAACAACAACGAGACGAUGUAUCAGCUGGCUGCAGGUAAAUGUGUGAGAUAUAUAUCAAACCUGGGGUGAUGCCCAU